GCCAGCUUUCAUGGGCCUUUCCACACAUCAUUUCCCUCGCGGUUGGUGAAUAGCUCAUCGCGCACAACCAUUGUCUCUCGCCUUUGACGUUCCCACUGCCCGAGCAAACUUUUGCGAGGAAGACUUUGUCAUAGUCGGCUACAUUGCGGAAUUCAUCAACACGUGUAGCGAUACUGCUUACAGUACGUUCGGCUGUUAUUUUGAUCUCGUCACUAUGUUUAUACAGAUAGCCAUGUAGUCUUAUAUGCUGCUCGAGCGCUUCGUCGAAUGCCUAAGGACGCAAUUCUCGCUGAAAAGUCUCUACCAUUGACUUGCACUUUCCGGCGUUUGCUCGAGCUUAUUCCAUGGGCUUUUGUCAUAUCACGCACGGAUGGCGGAUGAUACAUCGAUGACUAUUGCUACUUCAAUCGUACUCCGCCGCGCGAUCACUUACCAGAAGAGCUCUACAUUCAAGCACUGGUUUACUGGACUAUUGCUUUUAGCUGUCAUUGCUGAGACAACUUACGACGUUACCACAGACGAACAGGCAUUACACGAGCUCUCUUUCGUGUUCCUCACCAUCGUGGUCGCAGCCAAAACCCGAUCUUGAAUUAGACACCGCGUCCGAGAUCCAAAAGACAAGAGAAUGCUACAGAAAGCUGUCCUUUUUGGUGGAGCUUGUUUCGUUUUUGGCUACCUACUCUGGCAACUCGACUUUAUCUUCUACUCCGAGC